UUCCACUUCGGGUGGAAGAGGCAAGAAGGGAGAGGGGGGGGAGGGAACAGGGAGCAGGCUGAAUUCUGCUUCAGUAUAAAGAAAAUUAACUCGUGCAUAGCAACACCGCUCUUCUGGAGCAACUAACCUCCACUGUGUGGGGGCUUACAAGACAGUGAAAGGAUCUCUGGGAAAAUGAUCUAAUUGGUCUAAUGAUUUUUCCAAAGAGCAGGCUUUCUUUGUAGGGCAGCUUACACAAACCGUAAUAGCACAGGAGGAGUUUGGUUGUACCAAUAAUGACUGACUCUGUGCUUGGCUGGUAACAACAUGGUAACUCCAUGUGGACAGAGGAUGUUUCCAGCAUGGUCCCCAUAGUAACUCCGAUUGCAAUGUGCACUAGUAGGCCUUGGGUAUGAACUUGGUAGGUUGGUUGAUUUGAUUGUUUACCCGAGUGCACUUGAGGGACUCAGAAACUUAAGCUUUUGGUUGUAAAUAAAUGAUCAUUUUAAAUAAGCAAUCAGUUGGUAUUUCAUGCAAGAGUAACUAGAACUUGUUUUUUGAAAUGAUUCUUUGUUCUUUGUAUACAUUUAUUCUGGUAAUGCUGUCACUAUUUAAGCCUGUGUAAUUCUUCUUUGGAACGGUACUAACAUGGAUUUGGAAUGUGUUAGAUAAAAUGCUGUACACCGUUUAUCCACCACAUAAGACUGAAAGAGCUGGAGAUCACACAGUGCCCAGACUGAUGUUUCUUUAGACAUUGUGUGUGUCCACUUUCCACCAGAGCUUUCGCCAUGAUUUUGAAAUCCAGAACAUCUGGGUUUAAAUGUUAGUUUUGCCUCUCUUUGACCUUGGGCAAGAUAACUGACCCCUCCAAACUUCAUUUCCUCAUCUGUAGAUCUGGGGUGAAGCUGCUGACGGUGUGGUUGUGAUAAUAAGUAAGAAAAUACACACGAAAUAUUUCAUGAUCCCAGCAUAUAGCGUAUACCCAAUAUAUGAUUCCUACAAUGCUACCAGGCAGUUCCCAUUUCAGUUAUCCAUCUCUUCUAAAUAGUGAAAAAAGUCUCCUAUGAUUUUUUUUUGCCCAUUUCCAAAAGUCAAAUGUACCCUCAAAGUUAAAUUCUGUUUCUACAGAGACUUUCAAAAAUAUCGGAUGCUUAUUUUCACUCGUUUUACAGUGUAUGUAACAGAAUCAGUGCAGAGCUCCCUACUUGAGGACAACAUUAGUGCCCCUGAGAACUUUAUUGUGCUCUGGUUAUCAAGAAGCCCCACCACCUGUCAUUUGAUUCUGUAACAUAUUAUAUAAGUGUUUUCAGGUUAAAGCCAGUGGAUAUCACUGUCCUCUUACUGCGCUCUCCUUCUUGUGUUGUAUUUUGAUGUCUGCCUGGUGUUUUGUUUCGCUUCUUUCCUGGGCAGUGAAUUCUAAGCUGGAAGAAAAUCCAGACCAGGGCUUGGCUGUGGAUUGAAAGACAACUAUGUUAUACUUGUUUGCAAAACAGAUGUUUUCGUCUGUAGAGGAUAAACUGGACUCUGGUUGGGCUAAAAUAUGUGGAUUUGAGCUGCACGUGCCCUUCUGAUGACCUGUGAGACCUGGAUCAAUUAGGUUAAUAGUUUUGUGCCUUAAAAUUGCAUCUAAAUUAGGGAAUAACUGUAAUAGCUAUUGUUGGAGGUCAAAGGGGAUAAAUAAAUAAUAAAUAAAUAAAGGAGGCCGUUUGGGGGCCUCAUAGACAUAUUUUACAUUGAGAGUUAGGAAUUUAUUCCUUUUCCUCCUUCACACACUAACAUGAACGGACGGGAUGUGCACUCCAGAAAACAGAGCAGCAGCAGAGAAAGCUGCACAGUGGAUAGCUGUAAAUGCAUCCACUAAGGCAGAGUUGCAGAUCGCAGUUUAUCCUUGGGCUUGGUAGGAGUACAGCUAUUUGGAGAAGAGAAAGCAGAAAGGACCAAAAAGAUUUUUUUCCCCUCUUGUACUGGGCGUGAAGAUCACCAGAGGAAGAGGAGAGGCAGAAGUCCUUUUCUCCUCUGCAGUCAGGAGCAUGCACAGAACAGCCUUCUUAAGAACCAAGUAGGAGGAGGAUUGGGCUUAAUAUAAUAUAACGAGAUUAUUUCAUUACUCUUUUUUUUUUCUUGGAGUCUCUUGAGAAGUGAAGGUUCCACAUACAGGAAGUGGAUAUAGUUUGGUUGAGGCAGCAAGAGGAAGUACUUGCAUUUCAACCCAAACAGAUUACGUGUACCUCUGAAGUGUAGAGUAUCAGGGAGCUGGGACAAACGGUCCUUAUUUCGUGUGCAGUAGCAUUUUCUUGUAUGUGAUCAGCAGCCACGGUGCAAGAUAGAUCAGUUUUAGUUAAGACGUGUAGUUGGAAGCCUGUGUGAAACUUCCAGUCUCUGCUGUCUGCAGAGCUUGCCUGAGAACAGGAGGUUAAAAAAACCUCCCAGCAUUUUCUCAGGCAACUGCAGAAGAUCCAAGUUCUUUUUCCUCUUCAUGGCUCCCCACGCCCCUUACAGAGUCCACUGUAGUGAAGGGGCUCAUAUAUGUAACAUUGUACAUGUAGAUGCACAUGUAGAUGUGGGAAUGGUUAAAAUAGGAAUUCAUGAUCUAUGUGGGUUUCUCAAAAGUGUUCUCCCACCCCUCCCCCAACUUUUUCUUUCCGUUGGUAGUUAUCGAUAACCGACCUGGAAUGUAUGAUGGGGAGGGGUGCUCUCUAGCAUGAGCCUUUGCUUUUGACAACAGCAGAGUCUAGGGGUUGUAACAUCAGGUUGUGGGCUUGGUUUGAAACUUGACUCUGCCUCUUGCAAGCUUUGUGACCUUGAGCAAGUCAGUUUAACUCAUCUGAGUUUUGGUCGAACCAUUUAUAAUUCCAUAGCUGUUAUGAAGACGACCAAUGGAAAGCACUCAGCACCGAAGGCUGGCACACGGUGUGGAGUGGAGAGGAGAUGCGGCCUGCUUUUGCCAUAAAAAAAUACAACCACGUGCUUGCUACCAAAGUGGGGGGGGUGCAUAUAAACUCUGAGUCUAGUUUUCUAGAAUGCAGCAAAAAUUUUAAAAAGUGAUAUUACUUAAAUGGUACAUAGACUAUUGGGCAAGACUGCACUUCUUGUCUCUUUUGCAUGGGGAUUCUUAGAGUUGAUAUAUCUAGCAAAGUGCUCGUUGGUUACCUACAUAGAACCAGUUUUUUGCUUUUUUUUUAAGGCGUGAGCUGCCUUUCUGUCAUGUCUUGUGUUGUGAUGACAGUGUGACAGUUGGUAAACGUGAAUCCCGUAUCUGAACCCGAAUCCCCAUCAUAAUGUCUGUCAAAAUUGGAAAUCAACCACUAACAAUUUAAACUCAAGAUACCCAAUCAUGUAAUAGAAAUGUGUAUAUUAUUUUUUAAUGUCUUCAUUGACUUGGUAUCUUUGUCUUAAUAACUAAACAUAAUUUUGAUUACAUUAGAGGCCUUUAGAAAAAUUUAAGUUACAGUUGUGUGUGUGUGCAUGCGUUUGUGGGUGUGCGUGAGCGUGUGUGUGUGCGUGUGUAUGAGUAUGCGUGUGUGUGUGCGAGUGUGUGUGUGCGAGUGUGUGUGUGCAUGUGUGUGUGUGCGCGUGUGCAUGUGUAUGCGUGUGCGUUUGUGCGUGUACGUGUGUGCAUGAGUGUGUGUGUGCGAGUGUGUGUAUCUGUGUGUACUUGCACCCCAUGGGAUGCAUGUCGAGGUUAGAGGACAACUUUCUGGAGCCUUUCCUUCUAGCAUGUGAGUUGGAGGACUGAACUCUGUGUCGGGCUCGGUGGCAAGCACUUCCUGCUUUACCCAUGAAGCCAUCUUGCAGGCUGCGGACAAAUUCUUUUAAGACUGGAUCUACUUAGCGGUCUAAGGUUGAGCUCCUUCCUAGGCAAGCUUAAUCGUCCUGCUGUAUAAAUCAAUAGACAGCUUCCUUUUUUUCCCUUCCACAUGAGAAAGUCACCAGGAUAGAAAAGCAUUCUUCCUUUGAACACAGGACUGUGACCUACAGUCUUGGGGAAAAAAUCUUUGCAUAACACCACAGAAUAGCUUCUUGCAGGGGAAAGGCUUGUUUUCUGCAUAUACGCAACAAUUAGUGAUUUGUGAUUGUAGAACGAACAACGGUUUUCGGUUUAUGUUUUACGCGACUCCUCUGCGUUGUUUGAUACUAGUUAAGGCAGUCCUCAAACUCUCCCAUGUGUCUGACUAUCUCUACUCAGACCUUUUUUUUGUGGGGGGGGCUAUGUUUUGCUUUUAGAUUAUUUACCCAAAAUUCCAAAUUUGGUCCAGCCUCAUUCUCUCCCCUUCCCAAUGAUAUCGGUUACUUCCCUCCUGUUCUAACUCCCCAACACAGCCUGCCAGUCGAAGCAUGUAUCUUGAACUAGGUGCCCUUAUCCCUUCAGGCAUCUGGCACGCAGGUAAACACACUCACUGUUUUGUCUCAAAGUGGUACAUUUUAAAAAUGUUCAUCUCGGUGAGUGGCGCCGUUUGUUUCAGUCAAACAAUCAUGAGUCCUCCAAGGUUUCCCCUCUCCACAACAGCUAUCCAGAAAAAUCACCAAGCUCUUCAUCUUCUAGCUCACCUGCAACAUCUCUGUUUUAUAGUUUCCCUGUGCUGGCAGCGGGCUGAGUAUAUAAUUCUGUCAGUGCACUGUGCCCUUUGUUCGAAACGUUCUUUCCCUCUGUGGUCCUUGGUGUCGCGUGGCUGACGCUGACUUAAUGCUGAGUGUCUAGUUCAGAUGCUUUGCUCUACUGUCCAUCUCCUCCGUGUGCACUUAGAUGUCGUAUUGGAUUCCAGCAAUUAGCUUGGUCAUUAGGUCCCUUAAUUUACUUGGUGUGCGUGUAUAAUAUUGUAUUCUUAUCAUAGCUCCUGGAUGUGUCACGUUGCUGAUGCACACAUUUUACACAAAAACUGGAUCUUGAAGAAAUAAAAAAUGAUUGAGGGUGGAUGGAAAAAUGUUUUUUUUUUGUUAUGGAAGGAUUACAUAAUCAAGUUCUCGAAUAUGGUUUUAUGCUUUACUUUGUAUUAUUACAAAAUUUGGCUCUCUCUCCAGUGUGAAUAUUGCAUAAAAUUUGUUUUUCAAAUGGAUUUAUAAUUGUCAAAAUACUUGAGACUAUAGUUGCUUAAUCAAAUGUUGUAGUGUUUAUAUAACAAGUUACAUUUUUAUUGAAUAUUGAAUAUGAUUUUGAUUCUUUCUAAUUAGCUAAAAUUUCCUUUUAUUAUGUUUAGCAUGAUAAUUAGGAUUCCUAAUUGGUAGGCCGUCUUAGCCCACAACCAGCCAAUUGGUUUUUGUCAGAUAAAGCGGCAGUACAUGAGAAGUCAGAGAUCCCUUGAGACGGUUCCUGUUCAAGUCCUAUGCCCCGGCUUUCCAGCCGUGUGUAGGGCUGACGUUGAAUUCUUUUGUGCUGUCAUUGUGUGUUAGAACAGCGGCACUCAACCUUCCUAACUCCCUGACCCUUCAGUGCGCAUCCUCGUGUUGUGGUGACCCCAACCGUAGAAUUACUUCCAUUGGUACUUCAUCGCUAUAAUUUUGCUGCUGUUAGGAAUCGCCAUGUAAAUAUGUUUGCUGAAGGGGUCGAGGCCCACAGGUUGAGCACUACCAUGUUAGAUGUCCAUGUGCCUCGAUCUCUUACAUGCUGAAGAUUUACGGCGGCAGCCGUAAAGUGAGCAAUGGCGGUGUAGAUGCGCAGAGAACUAGCUAGCAUGGACUCACCGAUAGCCUAGCUUUCCGUGGUGGGCAAAGCUCAACCAGGCUCUGUAGCUUCUUUCAUCUCGAGCGUCCUAGUUCUGUCCUGCCUGUCUGCCCUUCUAACUCUUUCAACGGCACACAAACCAUCACGAGCCUCACUUUAUACUUGACGUUGGAUUAGACAUAGGGAGGUGUCCAGCAUCGUUUUUGUCAAUCCCAGAGACUGACUGACUGGAUAAAAUUGAAAGGAUGUGUGCACACAUAUACGUUUGUGUACAUGUAGUGUGUUAUUUUAAUUGUAAGGACAAAUGGGCUUGUCUUAGAAGUUGAAAAAGAUGAUAACUAACUCAUGAUCAUAUAACCAACUUGGCAUAAAGAGUUACACACACACACACACACACACACACACACACACACACACACACACCCCAAAUAAAAUAAAAUAAAAUAAAAAAGGUAAGGUAAGAAAAAUAAAAGCCAGGCACGGUGGCUUGCACUUUAAUUCCAGCACUGGAGAGGUGAGAUAGAGAUCUCCGUGGGGCUUGCUGGUCUACCAGCCUGGCCUUCUUGGUGAACUCCAGGUGAGACGGGGUGGAUGAACCUCAAGAUAGAAUAGUCCGUGAAGCUGUCCUUUGGCCUCCACAUGCAUAAGAGUGUAUACACAGAGGUCUCCCCUGUUCUGCUCCACAAGAGUUAUUUACAUUUGAAUCUUAACCUCUCGCAGGGAAGUUUAGAUAUUUAUUGUUUCUGCCUUCUUAUGCCAAACAGUUUGGUAUAUAUUACUUCUAAUGUUAGCUUUGAUAGAGAAGGGCUAAUACACUGGUACUCUGGUGUUCUCUCAAGUAUUCCUUAGAUAGAUCACUUCCUUCUCUUGCCGUUGCCAAUUAGUUACAGGUUUACCAUAGCAUUUCUCUAUUAUGACAGCCUUCUAACAUACAUCCCCAAAUCUGCUUCUGAUGGCAGAUCUUGGUUGUCAGUUCGACAUAGAUGGGAAGGAGGAAAUUUAUUUGAGAACGUUCUUUCCACCAUAUUGGGCUGUGGGCAAGCCUGUGGGAGCAUGUUCUUGAUGGAUGAUUGAUGUGGGAGGUUCAGCCCAGUAUGGACAGUGUUGUCUCUGUGCAGGAAGGCCUGGGAUAUAAGAAAGGUAGCUGAGUAAGCCAGAGGAACAUGCCGGUAAGCAGUGUUCCUCUGUGGUCUCUGCUUGAGUUCCUGCUUCCUGGCUCCUGCUUGAGUUCCUGCCUUGUGUUCCCUUGAUGAUGGGUGUACCAUUUAAGCCAAGUUAAUCCUUUCCUUCUCCAAGUUCUUUUUGGUAAGUGAUUUAUCACAGAAAGGCAAAGCUAAAGUACUGCUCUUCUCCCCAUCAAAUGUAUUGUCAUACAGCAGCCUGGAUGACCCAUCAAGAAUACAGAGACCAGCCUGUCAGUCAGUGCCCUCAGCUUUAAAACCAUGGGUAACUGACCAGCACCCCUGACCUAGGUCAGAGCUCAACAGAACCAUCACUUACUAAACAGUUGAACACUGAAACAUGUGUGGGGUUAAGAGCUCAACAGAACCAUCACUUUCUAAACAGUUGAACACUGAAACAUGUGUGGGGUAACUGCCAUUUGGUGGUAGCAUUUCAAAGAUCCCAGAAACUUGCCUUUUCUCACCAUCACUUAAAAGGUACAUUCCAGGUUUUCUGUACCUCCUCCUUCAGAGGUGGAAUUACAAAAGGACUUGUGACCUAUGCUCACCCAGUUAGUGCAGAGUGCAGGAAUCUUUCUUUCCAUAUAUGAAUAUUCCUUUAGGUUGGCUCAUAAUAAAGACAAGCUACUGGCUGACUACUUCCGCCAGCUGUGUUAACUGGAAUAAAGCCCAUUUGCCUUCGUUCUCUACUUGUGCAGCUGAAGAAAAAAAGAAGAAAGGAAAGAAGGAAGGAAGGAAGGAGAGAGAGAGAGGGGGGGAGCUGUGUGUGGCCAUGUCUCCAUCUUCUGUGACUUCUUUAGAAAGUACCAGAACCUGGUUGGCUUAAAACAGCAAUAUCAAAUACAGCCCAGACAGUUGAGACAGUUGGUGUUUUUGUCUGUCUUUUUCCAUGAAGUGGGUCUCACGAUGCAGCAUCCUACAGCCUAGAGCUGGCCAUUCUGCCCUUGCAUCUCAUACUCAGGUACCAACACGUGUGAUUUCUAGUAAGACCACAGCGGUAUUUCUUUGUUAAGUAGGAUAUCCUUUUAGAUCCUGGUAAUAUCCGGUAACAACAUAUCCAUCUAUCAAUUAUUUGCUUUAUUAGGUUAAAAAUAUUCAUUUUAUUUUUACUUUAUGUGUAUGCGUGAGCACCUGCAUGGAUGUAUACGUGCCACUCGCAUGCUUGGUGCCUGAGGCCAGACGCGUCAGAUCCCCUGGAACUGACGUUACAGGUAGUUGUGAGCCACCAUGUAGAUCCUGGGAAAUGAAUUCUGGUCCUCUGCAAGGAUAGCAAGAGUUCUCAAUCUUUUAGUUAUCUAUCCAGUCUCUGAAGCUCUGUAGUCUGUCUGCCUGCCCAUCCGUCUGUCCGCCCAUUAGCUCUAGUGAGUACUAAGCUAAGUUCAUUUUCUGUAUCCACUGCAAACAUAUGACAUCUUUUAACUUUAUUCUAUUUGGAAAACCUUGAUAAAUUUUGUAAUAACAGAAAUUAGUUGAUUGGUUGGCGGGGUUUGGAGGAGGUAGAGCAGGGGUGAGCCCUAGUCAGGAUUUGGGGACAAUCUUCUGUUUGGUAUUGGAAGUGAGUUUGGGACACUUUGUCUUGCUCUGCAGCAUAGUAGCGUUGAGACCGUUCCUUCUUAAAUGUGCUGUGUUCCCUGUGGAACCAUUUAGUUGAGGGCUUUUUUUUUUUGUGAUAGAAUUUUUAAACUUUUCUGUUUGUUUUAUAACGUGUAUUAUUUAGACUUUCUGCUUUUUUCCCCCACUGGGGUGAGAUUUGGUAUGGUUUAUUUGUCAGAACAAUGAUGAUACAUUUUAUUUACAUUUUCUGUUUUGUUUGUAUGGGGUUAUGCAAAAGUCCCUAUGAACUCAAAAGUCCUCAGGUUUGAUAUUUGUUUCUCUUUAUCCCUUAUAGUGAGACUUUCUCCCUGGGCCUCCUACACAUUAAUUUCAGUUUUUCUUACUCCUUGCAUUUUUUCGUUAUUUAUUUUCAUGAGUUUUGAGUUUCUAUUAAUUUAAUUUUUAUCAACAUACGCACUCCAUAUAAUAUAUUUUUGGUGUUUCCUUUGGUUGUAGCUUACAGAUUUCUGGUCGCAGAUUUGAGAUAGUAUUAUCAUUAUAUUCAAGAAAUUUCUGCAGUAGAAUCUCAUGCUUUGCCAAGAGCCAUUUACAGUGUAGGAUUCCAACGUGGUCGGGUAUUUUGCUUUUCACUCUUGUUACUGAUUUCUAUUUUUAUUGCACUGUAUUCUAGAGAUGAUGAGGGGCUGCUAUUGUUCUUUAAGACGUUCAAGUUUUUCCUGGUUUUGCCCAUGUUCCAUGUGCACUUGAAAGACUGUCGUAAUAUCUGUCAUUGAUUAGACUGUCACACUCGGCAGAUAUCUACAUGAUUGAUUUUGAUUAGCUCUUCUGCACCCUCUUGAUUGUAACCACACUUGAUUGGGUUGGGAGAGGUAUGUGGAGGUCUUUUGGAUUAGUAUGUUUCUGUCUGUUCCUCCUGCAUCAUCGUGUGUGGCUGCUCAUGGAAGUUACUCUCGUUUAUUGGGUGCAAAACUAUCCAUGACCACAACCGUCACUGUGAGUGUAGCCUUCAGCAGCACGCCACACACAUGCACACCUAGGAAUACUUGGUGACCUUGUCAGGCGUCAAGAUGAUGGCUCCUGUUUGCUUCUUUAUUUCUUCAUGUUUACUUGAUACAUCGUCUUGCUUUUAACUCCUUUGAGCUUCUUUGUUUAGAUGUGUCUUUUCUAUUCUGUCUAGGGUUGGGUUCUUCUUUAUUAGCUAAUCUGAAAAUCCCAUACUUUUAGUAGGUGAGUUAAACCCAUUUACAUUUGCUGAUAGGAUCCAUAUGUUUGUCUUAUUCCUAUCAUUCUUUUAUUUAUUUAUUUUUUACAUUUUUUUAUAUCAAAGGCUUUUUCAUAUGGAGUAGGUUUUUAAUUUUCUUAUUUGUUCUAUUCAUUACAUUUAUAUCAAUUUUCAUGUAAGGGUAAUUAGGUCGUAUGUUUGGGGGCUAACUAUUUCUCCACACUGAACAGUAUUGGAAUUAUUUGUAGCUCCCCUCACCCAGUAUCUGGUAUAAAAUAGUAUCUCUUUAUUUAUAAUUAAUGCCUAUUAGUAAGUCAUAUCUACAUACACUAUUUAUUCCCCAGACUUUCAGCUUUUUAAUAAUUGGAUAGUUGUUUCUGUGUUCCCUCUCUAUAGCCGUGUCUCAGCCUUGAUCCUCGGGCUCACUAACAGUACCCACCACUUAUUCCUUCUCACAGAUUCUACCGGAAGGGAUCGCAGGCUCAAUAUGCCCUGAGUUUUGGCAGGUUUAUAAAGGUUUGUUUAUAGCCUUGUACUUGACGACUAGGUUGGGUACAUAUAAAACCCUAGACUUACACUUCCCAUAUUCAAAGGCCUUAAAUUUGUUGAAAUUUUUCCUUUGGGUUUUAAGAAUUGGUAAAGUGGGCUGCCAGUAUUAUUGCCCUUCUCUUGCUUACUGCUUUUGUCUGUUUGCCCAAAUGACCCUUCGAAGUGGCUUUUACGGGACAUGACAUGAUUUAUUGUUGGCUGUGCUGAAGUCAUUGCCAUGUGGCCUUUCGAUAUUCAAUUUCAAGAUGUUUGAGGAAAAUGUUUUGAAACUAUUGUUUUGAUAGUUGUUUUGUCCUAUUUUUGCCUUUUUCUCAUGAUCCACAUCUUAGGUAUGCUUUUCUUUAAACAAUUGUUUAUUUAUAUGUGUGGGUACUUUCCCUACACAUUCGUCUGGGUACCAUGUGCAUGCCUGUUGACCAUGGAGACCAGAAGAGGACACUGGAUCCCUGGGAGUAGAGUUACAGAUGGUUCGUGAGCCACUAUGUAGGUGCUAGGAAUCGAGCAUGGCUCCUUUGGAAAAACAGCCAGAACUCUUACUCACGGAGCUCUCUCUCCAGCCACUCAAUCUUUUAUUUAUUUUUUUAAACUAUUUUCUGAGUAGAUCAUUUUCUGUUUUAAAAAAAUCUACAUGUUUUUUAUCUCUAAAACUAUUUAUUGGUUUUGUAUGUGUUUAUGUGAGUCUAUAGGCAUCUGUGUAUAUGUACAUGCGUGGGUGUCAGAAGGGGCCUCCACUGUCAUUCUCCACGUAUUCCUCUGAGACAGGGUGUAGAGGAAUCCAGCAACAUGGCUGCUCUGGCAAGGGAUCACAUCCGAAGAUAUGGUCUGGCUGGGAUGGAGACACGCCACGCAUCUUUAAUCCCUCUGACUAGAAUACAGACGUUCCCUUAGCACGUACCUUUGAUCUCUCUGGCUGGAGUGUAGACAUGCCUUGAGCAUACAGCUUUAAUCCCAAAUAAAUGUCAUCUAAUUGAGGGGCAGACAAAACGAUGAAUCAGAGAAAGAUUUGACAGGAUGAGUCAGAGGAUAUACCCAGCUCUCACAAGGACAGCAAAGAGAGGCUACUUAAGCACAUGGAGGGAGAGAGAGUCAACUGAGUUCAGCUGAGUUCAGUUGGGUUAAGUCUGGUUGAACGCAGUUGUGCUCAGUUAAGUCUGGGGCAGUUCAGUUCAUAGAGUUCAGGGGCAGUCUUUCCAAGCAGAGUAAUUCAGACAGAAACCAAGGGAAGCCAAUUUGAAUCAGUUAGCUUGGAGAGGCGUUUGGGCCAGAAGAACCGAGUUCAGAACCAGCCUGCCAGAGCUCAGAAAGAACUAGAAAGGGUAAGUUUGUUCAGCAGUAAAUCUUGGACGCUGAAACAUUCCAGGCCUAGGUUAGCAGAAGGAGGCUGGAAGCUGAAGCCUUCAAGACCGGGCUUGUGGAAGAUCAGAUUGUACAGAGGUUAGAAGCAUCCAGGGUUAGGUCUGGGGAGAGUGAGAACAGAAAUAGAAAUGCUCUGGGCCCAGCACAAGCCAUGUUCAUAAAGCUUGGGUCUGGCUCUCAUCUCAUCCCUUCAUCUGAGACAAUAAAAGCGACAUUUACACUUACAGCAGGGUCUCUCCCUGAACCGUGGACUUGCAAUUUCUCAGCUAGGCGAGAAGCCAGAAAACUGCAGUGAUCUGUCACUGGCCCCUCAGAAGGGUUUAGAAGCAAUUUGGGGACAUCUAGCUUGUUCAAGCUAUGAGAUCUGAACUCUCUAGUCCUCUUAAGUAUUUAUUGAUGAGCCAUCUCUCUGGGCUUCUAUUUAAAAAAAAAAACAACUACAAACACAAUAUGCCUUGAUUAGUCACUUUUGAACUAGCCUAUUUGUGGUGACUCCACACAUACACUCAUUCAAGUUACUUAGCCCCUAACUUGCAAUGUUAACUAUAGAUAGAAAAUGGACACUGUUUAGUUGAAUAUUGUCAUCUCAUGACUACCAUGUUAUUAUAUGUGUGAGCAUUAGCUUGUAACCGUAAGCAUUUGACUGCAUCAUUAUGUUUUGUUCCAUUUGCCAAGUUUGGAAGCUGUUUCAUAUAGCAAGACCAAUCUGUCUUCAAAAUGUGGCUGGAUGGAUUUUUUUCCCCUAGAUUUAUACACACAUGUAGGCAUGCAUGUAUCAUUGUCAGCAUGACAGGGCCCUCACCACAGAGGACUGCCUGCACUUUUAACCACCAUCUGCUCCUUCUACCCCAUCUCCAGAAGGACACUCACUUGGGUCUGUCACGGAAGUAUUGCGUUUUGUAGAAUCUCACAUAAAUGGAGUCGUUCGUCCCUUAGCCGUUCUUAUUUAUCUUUUGGUUUUGUUUUCUUGUUCAGCUGAGACCACCGGUUACUUUAUGAGGAGGAAAUGGUUUUUAAAGGUCAUUGCCCGUGUCUGUUUGGGGCCAUGGUAAGCUGUCACACCAUGGCAGGAGCAUGUAGCGGAGAAAGCUGUUCAGCUCAUGGCAGUCAAGGAACGAAGAGAGGAGAACCUGGGUUUCCAGUAGUUCCUACUGGGGCACACACCUAGGACCUGACAUCUUUCCAUUACGCUCACCCCUUGAAGGUUCCGCCACCUCCUGACAGUGCCACAGUUGCUUCCAAGAUCCGGUACUUGCAGGAAUAUCAUAACCGAGUUCUCCACAACAUUUAUCCCGUGCCGUCAGGAACAGAUAUUGCAAACACCCUGAAGUACUUUUCCCAGACCUUGUUAAGCAUUUUGUCCCGCACAGGGAAGAAGGAAAACCAAGAUGCCUCCAAUUUGACAGUGCCCAUGACCAUGUGUCUUUUUCCCGUGCCAUUCCCACUCACCCCAUCUCUAAGACCGCAGGUCAGUUCCAUCAACCCUACUGUUACUCGCUCCCUCCUUUACAGCGUCCUGCGAGAUGCUCCUUCAGAACGCGGCCCGCAAAGUCGUGAUGCUCAGUUGUCAGACUACCCUUCUUUGGACUACCAAGGCCUCUACGUGACUUUGGUGACUCUCCUGGAUCUAGUCCCUUUACUACAGCAUGGCCAACACGAUCUUGGACAGUCGAUAUUUUAUACGACCACGUGUUUGCUCCCCUUUCUCAAUGAUGAUGUGCUGAGCACUUUGCCCUACACGAUGAUCUCAACGCUAGCCACCUUCCCUCCAUUUCUCCACAAGGAUAUUAUCGAAUAUCUUAGCACAUCUUUUCUACCGAUGGCUAUAUUGGGGUCCUCCAGGAGAGAAGGUGUUCCGGCCCAUGUUAACCUCUCUGCGUCCUCCAUGCUGAUGAUCGCGAUGCAGUACACCUCUAACCCAGUGUAUCAUUGUCAAUUGUUGGAAUGCCUCAUGAAGUAUAAACAAGAAGUCUGGAAAGAUCUUUUGUAUGUGAUUGCCUAUGGGCCUUCCCAGGUGAAGCCUCCCGCAGUGCAGAUGCUUUUCCACUAUUGGCCCAACCUGAAGCCUCCCGGAGCAAUAAGCGAGUACAGGGGCUUACAAUACACAGCUUGGAAUCCCAUCCACUGCCAGCACAUUGAAUGUCACAAUGCAAUCAACAAGCCGGCUGUGAAGAUGUGUAUAGACCCGUCCUUGUCAGUAGCUUUGGGCGAUAAGCCACCUCCACUGUAUCUCUGCGAAGAAUGCAGCGAGAGGAUUUCAGGGGACCACAGCGAGUGGUUGAUUGAUGUUCUCCUGCCACAAGCUGAAAUAUCUGCUAUAUGUCAGAAAAAGAACUGCAGUUCCCAUGUCAGAAGGGCAGUGGUCACCUGCUUUUCCGCAGGGUGCUGCGGUCGCCACGGAAACAGGCCUGUUCGGUACUGCAAAAGGUGCCAUUCGAACCACCACAGUAACGAGGUGGGGGCCACCGCAGAGACUCACCUCUACCAGACCUCUCCGCCCCCCAUCAACACCCGGGAGUGUGGGGCGGAGGAGCUGGUCUGCGCUGUGGAGGCAGUGAUCAGCUUGUUGAAGGAAGCGGAGUUCCACGCAGAGCAGAGGGAGCACGAGUUGAACCGCCGGCGGCAGCUGGGCCUCUCUUCCUCCCACCACUCCCUGGACAACACUGACUUUGAUAACAAAGACGAUGACAAACACGACCAGAGGCUGCUCAGUCAGUUCGGGAUAUGGUUCUUAGUGAGCCUCUGCACACCCAGCGAGAACACGCCCACGGAGAGCCUGGCCCGGCUGGUAGCCAUGGUAUUUCAAUGGUUUCACUCCACGGCGUACAUGAUGGAUGAUGAGGUCGGAAGCUUGGUGGAAAAGCUGAAGCCACAGUUUGUCACCAAGUGGUUGAAGACAGUAUGUGAUGUCCGAUUUGAUGUCAUGGUCAUGUGCCUUCUUCCCAAACCCAUGGAAUUUGCCAGGGUUGGCGGAUACUGGGACAAGUCCUGUAGCACGGUGACUCAGUUAAAGGAAGGGCUCAACAGGAUCCUCUGCCUGAUCCCUUACAAUGUCAUCAGCCAGUCUGUGUGGGAGUGCAUUAUGCCUGAGUGGCUGGAAGCCAUCCGGACAGAAGUCCCUGAUAACCAGUUAAAGGAAUUCAGGGAAGUAUUAAGCAAAAUGUUUGACAUAGAGCUGUGCCCUCUGCCAUUUUCAAUGGAAGAGAUGUUCGGCUUUAUUAGCUGUCGGUUUACAGGAUAUCCCUCCACUGUGCAGGAGCAAGCGCUACUCUGGCUUCAUGUACUUUCGGAGUUAGAUAUCACGGUUCCACUCCAGCUCUUGAUAAGUAUGUUUUCUGAUGGUGUUAAUUCUGUCAAAGAAUUGGCAAAUCAAAGAAAAUCAAGAGCCAAUGAACUGGCAGGGAACCUCGCAUCUCGAAGGGUGAGUGUCGCCUCUGAUCCUGGUCGACGAGGUCAGCACAAUACCUUGAGUCCGUUUCAUAGCCCUUUCCAGAGUCCGUUCCGGAGUCCCAUGCGUAGUCCAUUCCGUAGCCCCUUCAAGAACUUUGGACACCCAGGAGGAAGGACUAUUGAUUUUGAUUGUGAAGAUGAUGACAUGAAUCUAAAUUGUUUCAUCCUCAUGUUUGACCUUCUCCUAAAGCAGAUGGACUUACAAGACGACGGCAUCACAAUGGGUUUGGAGCACAGUUUGUCAAAGGACAUUAUUUCUAUCAUAAACAAUGUCUUCCAGGCCCCUUGGGGGGGCUCCCACAGCUGCCAGAAAGACAAAAAGGCGACCGAGUGUAGCCUGUGCCAGUCCAGCAUCCUCUGUUACCAGCUCGCCUGUGAGCUCCUGGAGAGACUGGCUCCCAAAGAGGAGAGCCGGCUGGUGGAGCCCACAGACAGCCUUGAAGAUAGCCUCCUUUCUUCCAGACCAGAGUUCAUUCUCGGCCCUGAGGGAGAGGAGGAGGAGAACCCAGCGGCCAAGCAUGGAGAGAAUCCAGGCAACCGUACAGUGCCCUCAGAACAUGCUGCAAUAAAGAACGACACGGAAAGAAAAUUUUGCUACCAACAGCUUCCAGUUACGUUGAGACUAAUAUAUACCAUUUUCCAGGAAAUGGCGAAGUUCGAAGAGCCAGACAUUCUUUUUAAUAUGCUCAACUGCCUAAAGAUUCUCUGUCUGCACGGGGAAUGCUUGUACACUGCGAGGAAAGACCAUCCUCAAUUUUUAGCCUACAUUCAGGACCACAUGUUGAUUGCAAGCCUCUGGAGAGUCGUCAAGUCUGAGUUCUCUCAGCUGUCUUCACUGGCGGUUCCUCUCCUUCUUCACGCUCUGUCCCUUCCUCAUGGUGCUGACAUAUUCUGGACAAUCAUUAAUGGCAACUUCAACAGCAAAGACUGGAAGAUGAGGUUUGAAGCAGUGGAGAAAGUGGCUGUCAUUUGUAGGUUUUUGGACAUUCACUCAGUGACCAAGAACCACCUGCUGAAGUAUUCUCUGGCACAUGCCUUCUGCUGCUUCCUGACAGCUGUGGAGGAUGUCAAUCCUGCAGUGGCCACCAGAGCAGGUCUCCUGCUUGACACCAUAAAGAGGCCAGCACUGCAGGGUCUUUGUCUUUGCCUUGACUUCCAGUUCGACACUGUGGUUAAAGACCGACCCACCAUCCUGAGCAAGCUUUUACUCCUGCACUUUCUUAAGCAAGAUAUUCCUGCUUUGAGCUGGGAGUUCUUUGUCAACAGAUUUGAGACACUUUCUUUGGAAGCUCAGCUGCAUUUAGAUUGUAACAAAGAAUUUCCUUUUCCUACAACCAUCACUGCUGUGAGAACCAAUGUUGCCAACCUCAGCGAUGCUGCCUUGUGGAAGAUCAAGAGAGCACGUUUUGCCAGAAACCGACAGAAGAGUGUGAGGUCCCUGAGAGACAGUGUGAAAGGGCCAGCAGAAUCCAAGAGGGCGCUCUCCCUCCCUGAGACCCUGACCUCCAAAAUCCCUGUGAGGUUGACCAGGCAUGAGCAGUCUGCCCCGGCUCUCGGUGGGACACCUGAACAGACGCCAGGGCAACAGUCACCGGAAAACGACAACACCAUCAAGGACUUGCUCCCGGAAGAUGCUGGCAUUGAUCACCAGACAGUUCACCAGCUCAUUACAGUGCUCAUGAAGUUCAUGGCCAGGGACGAAAGCAGCGCGGAGUCAGACAUCAGCAGCGCAAAGGCCUUCAACACAGUCAAGAGGCACCUCUAUGUUCUACUUGGCUAUGACCAACAGGAAGGAUGCUUCAUGAUCGCACCCCAAAAAAUGCGCCUGUCAACAUGCUUUAACGCGUUUAUUGCAGGAAUUGCCCAAGUUAUGGACUAUAACAUUAACUUGGGCAAACACCUUCUCCCCCUCGUGGUUCAGGUGCUCAAAUACUGCUCUUGUCCUCAACUACGGCAUUAUUUCCAACAGCCGCCUCGCUGCUCCCUCUGGUCCCUAAAGCCUCAUAUCAGGCAGAUGUGGUUGAAGGCCUUGCUUGUCAUCCUUUACAAGUAUCCAUACAGAGACUGUGAUGUCAGCAAGACCCUGCUGCACCUGAUUCACAUAACAGUCAAUACACUCAAUGCCCAGUACCAUAGCUGCAAGCCCCACGCCACGGCAGGACCUCUGUACACUGACAACAGCAACAUAAGCAGAUACAGCGAGAAAGAAAAAGAAGAAGAUAGUGUUUUUGAUGAAUCUGAUAUUCAUGAUACACCUACUGGACCCUGCAAUAAAGAGUCUCAAACUUUUUUUGCAAGAUUGAAAAGGAUAGGCGGCAGCAGGAUGGUCAAAGGCCAGCCAGUUGGGAUGUCUGUGCAGAGAAGUGAAAUAGAGCUGUCCGAAUAUAGAGAAACGGGUGCGUUGCAAGACAGCGUUCUGCACUGUGUGAGAGAAGAAAGCAUUCAGAAAAAAAAGCUACGCUCUUUAAAACAAAAAUCUCUUGAUAUAGGCAAUGCAGACUCCCUCUUGUUUACGUUAGACGAACAUCGCAGGAAGUCCUGCAUAGAUCGGUGUGACAUAGAUAAGCCUCCCGCCCAAGCUGCUUAUAUCACACAACGGCAAAACGACCACCACGGACGUUCUAGACAGAAUUCUGCUACAAGGCCGGACAAUACCGAAAUCCCCAAGAAUCCAGGCACCGAAGGCUUUCAGGAGACACGAAGGCCGGUGAUACCAGAGGUUAGGUUGAACUGCAUGGAGACCUUUGAAGUGAGAGUUGACUCCCCAGGAAAGCCUGCUCCUAGGGAGGAUUUAGAUCUGAUAGAUCUGUCCUCAGACUCAACAUCUGGGCCAGAGAAGCACUCUAUACUGUCCACAUCUGACAGUGACUCUCUUGUGUUUGAGCCUCUCCCGCCUCUCAGAAUAGUCGAAAGUGACGAGGAAGAGAUGAUGAACCAAGGGAACGGCGGUCCCUUGGGUAACAAUGCUGCCUCCUCCCCCUCCAUUCCUAGCCAGCCCUCUGUCCUCAGCCUGAGCACAACUCCUCUCGUGCAGGUGAGCGUAGAGGACUGUUCCAAAGACUUUUCUUCGAAGGACUCAGGAAACCACCAAUCAGUGAGCAAUGAGGACUCUACUGUCACAGCUCUGGAUGACCUCAUGGACUCUGAAGAGCUGUCCAAGUCAGAGGAGCUGAGAGAGUUUAUCUCUGGCAGCCCGCUAACGCUUAAGCAAAAACGAGACCUCCUUCAGAAGUCAUUCGCUGUCCCUGAGACGUCAGUGGACUAUAACCCCGAACCCGGCCAGGCUGAAGAAAAGCCAACAUCAGGGGCCAAAACUGUGCUCCUUAAAGUUCCUGAAGAUGGUGAGAAUCUAACAGAAAGUGAGAGGCCCAACCCCAGUGCUGAGUCUGACACAGAACAGAACCCUGAAAGGAAGGUGGAGGAGGAUGGAGCCGAGGAAUCAGAAUUUAAGAUUCAGAUCGUCCCCAGGCAGAGGAAACAAAGGAAGAUUGCCGUCAGCGCUAUCCAGAGAGAGUACCUUGACAUCUCCUUCAAUAUCCUAGACAAACUGGGUGAACAGAAGGAUCCAGAUCCCUCUGCUAAAGGACUUUCAACGUUGGAAAUGCCACGGGAAUCUUCCUCUGCCCCUACGUUAGAAGCAGGUGCACCCGAAACAAGCAGCCACUCAUCAAUAUCAACUCAGUAUAGGCAGAUGAAAAGGGGAUCCCUGGGAGUUCUGACAAUGAGCCAGUUAAUGAAGCGACAGCUGGAGCAUCAGUCUAGCGCCCCCCAUAACAUCAGCAGCUGGGACACUGAACAGAUCCAGCCUGGGAAAGGGCAGUGUAACGUGCCAAUGUGCCUAAACCCCGACCUGGAGGGACAGCCACUGCGAACGAGAGGCGCCACUAAAUCCAGCCUGCUGUCAGCACCCAGUAUCGCCAGCAUGUUUGUGCCUGCACCUGAAGAGUUCACAGAGGAGCAGCCGACAGUGAUGGCUGACAAAUGCCAUGACUGCGGGGCCAUUCUCGAGGAAUACGAUGAGGAGACCCUGGGGCUAGCCAUCGUGGUCCUCUCCACCUUCAUUCACCUGAGCCCAGACUUGGCUGCGCCACUGUUGCUUGAUAUCAUGCAGUCUGUGGGAAGGCUCGCAUCCAGCACUACGUUUUCUAAUCAAGCAGAAAGCAUGAUGGUUCCAGGCAAUGCGGCGGGUGUGGCCAAGCAGUUCCUGCGUUGUAUCUUCCAUCAGCUGGCCCCCAACGGCAUCUUCCCUCAGCUCUUCCAGAGUGCCAUCAAAGAUGGGACUUUUUUACGGACCUUAGCCACAUCUCUCAUGGACUUCAACGAGCUGAGCUCAAUCGCUGCCCUCAGUCAGCUCCUGGAGGGUCUAAAUAACAAAAAGAAUUUACCAGCAGGGGGUGCUAUGAUACGCUGUUUGGAAAACAUCGCCACGUUCAUGGAAGCUCUGCCCAUGGAUUCUCCUAGCAGCCUCUGGACCACGAUCAGCAACCAGUUUCAGACAUUUUUUGCCAAGCUGCCUUGUGUUUUACCUCUGAAGUGUUCUUUAGAUUCCAGUUUGAGAAUUAUGAUUUGCCUCUUGAAGAUACCUUCUACCAAUGCCACGAGGAGUUUGUUGGAGCCCUUCUCCAAGCUGCUGAGCUUUGUCAUUCAGAAUGCAGUCUUCACGCUGGCCUACCUGGUGGAGCUGUGUGGCCUGUGCUACAGAGCCUUCACAAAGGAGCGGGAUAAGUUUUACUUGUCUCGGAGCGUUGUUCUGGAACUUCUGCAGGCCCUGAAGCUCAAGUCACCUUUGCCAGACACAAACCUCCUGCUUCUUGUCCAGUUUAUUUGUGCAGAUGCUGGAACCAAGCUAGCUGAGUCCACCAUCCUGAGCAAGCAGAUGAUAGCCUCUGUGCCCGGGUGUGGGACAGCAGCAAUGGAAUGCAUACGGCAGUACGUCAGUGAGGUGCUGGACUUCAUGGCAGACAUGCACACCCUAACCAAGCUCAAGAGUCACAUGAAGACGUGUUCCCAGCCUCUGCACGAGGACACCUUCGGGGGCCAUCUCAAAGUUGGCCUGGCUCAGAUUGCAGCAAUGGAAAUCUCCCGGGGCAACCACAGAGAUAACAAAGCCGUGAUCCGCUAUCUGCCUUGGCUCUACCAUCCCCCCUCUGCAAUGCAGCAAGGACCUAAAGAAUUCAUCGAGUGUGUCUCCCACAUCCGACUGCUGUCCUGGCUACUUCUGGGGUCCCUCACGCAUAAUGCCGUCUGUCCCAAUGCCUCCUCUCCCUGCCUCCCCAUACCUCUGGAUGCAGGCUCCCACAUUGCAGACCACCUCAUUGUUAUCCUAAUUGGAUUUCCAGAGCAAUCAAAGACGUGCGUGCUCCACAUGUGCUCCCUCUUCCAUGCGUUCAUCUUCGCUCAGCUCUGGACCGUAUACUGCGAGCAAAGUGCCGUGGCGACGAACGUCCAAAAUCAGAACGAGUUCAGCUUCACAGCAAUACUAACAGCGCUAGAGUUUUGGAGCAGGGUGACACCAAGCAUCCUUCAGCUGAUGGCCCACAAUAAAGUGAUGGUAGAGAUGGUGUGUCUCCAUGUGAUUAGUUUAAUGGAGGCCUUGCAAGAAUGCAAUUCAACCAUUUUUGUCAAGCUGAUCCCUAUGUGGUUACCAAUGAUUCAGUCCAAUACCAAGUACUUAUCCGCCGGCCUCCAGCUUCGUCUCCAGGCCAUUCAGAACAACGUGAACCACCACAGCCUAAGGACGCUGCCCGGCUCGGGCCAGAGCAGUGCUGGCCUAGCAGCCCUCCGGAAAUGGCUGCAGUGCACCCAGUUCAAAAUGGCCCAGGUGGAGAUCCAGUCCUCAGAAGCAGCUUCUCAAUUUUAUCCUCUAUGAGUGGACUCCUCGGCUCCAGUGUCGACACGCUGGCUUAGCAAUAAUGGGUAUAAAACAAACAAUUUGAUCCAAGCAGGUUGGGGAACCUUGGUACUGUACACUCUUUCUAGUUUAGUAUACAGACGUGCAAAGGCCGGAGAGGGCCACCAACGAAGCUUUCUUGCUACACAUAUUUCUGAUGACUCCUUGGGCUAUCUGAUUAAGUGUUUCCUUACAUUAUUUUUUAAGAAAAAAAAAAAAAACAACAAAACCAAAAUCAUUUUUCUUUAUCUAACUUCUAUUUUUUUUAAGAAAAAAAAAAUAGACUGGUGGGUACUCACAGAAAAGUUGUAUAAAGCCCCCCUGUUGCUAUUUUUGAUGAUAGAGAAUAAAUAGGGUUUUUGAAA